CCAUGGACCUAGUGCACGAUAAGGCGUUCCUGAAUAACGGUGCUCCCAAAAUGUUUGUUAAACCACGUGAACGCUUGCUUCGACUGGGCUUAAGGUAUCGAGCAUCUCAGUCGAGUCUCGCGAGCAAUUCUCGUUGUCAAAGUGUUCAUCAGAUCCGUGACAACUGCAAUCGAUUCCUCUUCUGUUCUCACAUGGCUUCGGACCGAAAUAGCGCAAGUGGCACUGGCACCGGCACCGCCGGAGAGGAGAAGACGGUGAAGGUGCCGUCCAAGGACUCUAGAAGGAAGCACGAGAAGAAUGAGGAUCUGUCAGAUGAGGAGCUGGCACUUAAGCAGCAGUUGGAUUUAUAUGUGGAAAUGGUUCAGGAUCCUGAUCCCGGAUUGCAGAAGGUUGCUUUAGAGAGUAUGAGGCAGGAAAUUCAAACAUCAACAAGCUCGAUGACUUCUGUGCCAAAGCCAUUGAAAUUUCUUCGGCCACAUUAUGAAACUCUAAAGUCAUAUUAUGCAACAAUGCUUGACUCAGAUUUGAAGAAACACUUGGCGGAUAUACUGUCAGUUCUGGCAUUGACCAUGUCUGCUGAGGGAGAACGGGAGAGCUUAAAGUACCGAUUGUUGGGAUCAGAAGGUGAUAUUGGUUCAUGGGGCCAUGAAUAUGUCAGGAACUUGGCUGGAGAAUGUGCUGAAGAAUAUGCAAAGCGACAGAGUGGUGAGGAAACGUCAAUCUUAGAUCUAAUGGAGGUUGUUAUAGACAUUGUUGUUUUUCACAUAAAGCACAAUGCUGAAACUGAGGUUGUUGACCUUUUAAUGGAGGUUGAAUACAUUGAUCUUUUGAUUGACCAUAUGGACAACACAAAUUUCAAGAGGACCUGCCUCUAUCUCACCAGUGCAUCAAGAUACCUUCCUGACCCAGAUAACGUGCUAAUUCUUGAUGUUGCUUAUAUGAUUUAUCUUAAAUUUGAAGAAUAUCCGAAUGCCCUCCAGAUUGCGCUAUUCAUUGAUAACAUUCAGGAAGUGAGUCAGAUUUUUAUUGAUUGUGAUGAUAUGCUCCAAAAGAAGCAAUUCAGUUACAUUGUUGCUCGACAUGGUAUGCAUUUUGAGCUUGAUGACGAAAUGGCUUCUGAAGAUGACGACAGAUUUGCAUUGCAGGAUAUCGUCAACAAUGCCAAGUUAAGUGAAGGUUAUCUAACCCUUGCUCGGGAAAUAGAGGUCAUGGAACCCAAAUCUCCUGAAGAUAUCUAUAAGGCACAUUUGCUUGAUGGCCGGGCUAGUGCUGGUGCUAGUGUUGAUUCUGCUAGACAAAAUUUGGCUGCUACUUUUGUCAAUGCAUUUGUAAAUGCAGGCUUUGGUCGGGAUAAGUUGAUGACGGUUCCAUCAGACUCGUCAAGUGGCUCUUCAGGAAAUUGGCUUUUCAAGAAUAAAGAUGAUGGAAAGGCCAGUGCUGCUGCAAGUCUGGGUAUGAUCUUAUUGUGGGAUGUUGACUCUGGACUCGCUCAAAUUGAUAAAUAUUUCCAUAGCAAUGACAACCAUGUUAUUGCUGGUGCACUACUAGGAGUUGGGAUUGUCAAUUGUGGUAUCAAGAAUGAUUUUGAUCCUGCACUGGCUCUUCUAGGUAAUUAUACAGAUAAAGAAGAUUCAUCUAUCAGAAUUGGCGCAAUAAUGGGUCUCGGAAUUGCAUAUGCUGGUUCUCAGAAUGAGCAGUUAUACGAUAAAUUGUCUCGCAUUCUUAAUGAUGCAAAAGCUCCCCUGGAUGUAAUUGCAUUCACUGCAAUCUCGUUGGGCUUGAUAUGUGUGGGUUCGUGCGAUCAUGACGCUGCACAGGCUAUUAUAUUUGCAUUAAUGGACCGAAAUGCAGCAGAAUUACAAGAGCCUCUUUUUCGGUUCUUGCCUCUUGGUCUCGGUCUCUUAUACCUGGGGAAGCAGGAAAGUGUUGAGGCCACAACAGAAAUUUCAAAGACAUUUAAUGAGAAAAUCAGAAAAUAUUGUGAUAUGACACUGCUUUCUUGUGCCUUUGCGGGGACGGGGGAUGUUCUCGUGGUUCAAAAACUCCUUGGUCAUUGUGCUCAGCAUCUUCUUAGGGGUGAAGCGCACCAGGGACCAGCUGUGCUAGGGAUUGCUAUGGUAGCAAUGGCUGAGGAAUUGGGGCUUGAAAUGGGAAUUCGUUCUCUGGAGCAUCUUUUGCAGUAUGGGGAACAAAAUAUCCGUAGGGCAGUUCCUUUGGCACUUGGUCUCCUUUGCAUAUCAAACCCAAAGGUUAAUGUUAUGGACACAUUAAGCAGACUUAGCCAUGAUGCAGACUCAGAAGUUGCAAUGGCUGCAGUUAUUUCCUUGGGUUUGAUUGGUGCAGGAACCAAUAAUGCCCGGAUUGCUGGCAUGCUUCGCAAUCUUUCAAGCUAUUACUACGAAGAUGCUAGCCUUCUGUUCUGUGUGCGAAUUUCUCAAGGUCUUGUGCAUUUGGGGAAAGGCUUAUUGACUCUUAAUCCAUAUCAUUCUGAUCGUUUCUUGUUAUCGCCGACUGCUCUUGCUGGUUUGAUAACCAUGCUUCAUGCAUGUCUAAAUAUGAAAGCUAUCAUCUUGGGAAAAUAUCAUUUUGUUCUUUAUUUCCUUGUUUUAGCAAUGCAGCCACGAAUGUUGAUGACUGUGGAUGAGAAUCUCAAACCUUUAUCUGUACCAGUUCGGGUGGGACAAGCUGUUGACGUUGUUGGUCAGGCAGGUCGACCCAAGACUAUUACUGGGUUCCAAACCCACUCAACGCCCGUGCUUCUGGCUGCAGGCGAGAGAGCUGAGCUGGCUACCGAGAAGUAUAUUCCUCUUUCACCCUUUCUUGAAGGCUUUAUCGUCUUGACAGAGAACCCAGAGUACAGAGAAGAUCAUUAAUUGCUAAUCGGGCCUUCAAGCUCUGAAAUAAAAUUUUGUAUAGGAAUUUAGGCAAGGUUGUUGUGAUGGAAGGAGGUGAGGUCUAUGUUUUUUGUUCCCCUCCCAGUUGUUCCAAACACAGCAGCAGAUAAUUGGGAAACAAACUAGGCACCCAGUUAAACACAACACACACCCAAACUGAUAUUUUACACUUGCUUUCUAGUUUACUGAGGAAUGUAUACUGGACAUGACACGAGGGUCAUGACCUUGAUCACCUUGUUUCUAUUAAAAUACACAGCGGCUUAGUAAAUUGCGCUUUAAUUGGC